GUUUAGGUGCCAGAUGUAACAGUAAAUACCUCAGCAACCCUUCCAAGGACAGUCAGAAGGAGCAGGGGACUGGGAGGGAGAGAGUCAGUAACUGUGUGCAAAGAAAAGGUUGUUUCAGAAAAGGACACUGCAGCUGGAGAGUUUACAAAAGAAACAAGUGGUUAUCAAAGUGAGAUUUAGAAGCUACAUUUUUGAAUAUUGUUUCCAGUGAAGUUUACGAAAAGAGCCACCAUGAAGUUCAAAUUACCAAACCCGGGACUGGAUGAUAGAAUCCCUUCGCACGCUGACCUGGAGAGGAUGGAGAAGGAAGAGGCUGGGGAUAGACCCCAGUGGGACAACAAAGCCCAGUAUCUGCUCACCUGUGUGGGCUUCUGUGUGGGACUCGGGAACGUCUGGAGGUUCCCAUACCUCUGUCAAAGUCACGGUGGAGGAGCGUUUAUGAUUCCAUUCCUCAUCCUUCUGGUUUUGGAGGGAAUCCCGCUGCUGCACUUAGAGUUUGCCAUCGGUCAGCGGCUGAGGAAGGGCAGCGUGGGCGUAUGGAGAUCCAUCAACCCUUACCUGGCAGGAGUUGGUAUUGCCUCCAUGCUUGUAUCGUUUUUGGUCGGGGUGUACUACAACACCAUUAUGGCCUGGAUCAUGUGGUAUCUCUUCAACUCCUUUCAGGAUCCUCUGCCCUGGAGCCAGUGUCCACUCAAUGCUAACAAGACAGGAUAUGUGGAGGAGUGCUCACGAAGCACCACUACUGACUACUUCUGGUACAGAGAAACUCUGAACACUUCAACAGCUAUUGAUGAGUCUGGAGGUCUGCAGUGGUGGAUAGUUUUGGCUCUCAUAGCUGCGUGGACUGUGCUCUAUGUUUGCUGCAUCAGGGGCAUUGAGACUACUGGCAAGGCUGUGUACAUCACCUCCACUCUGCCAUAUCUCGUCCUCACCAUCUUUCUGAUCAGGGGACUGACCCUAAAAGGCUCUACCGAUGGAAUUAAGUACCUCUUCACGCCUAAUGUAGAUGAGUUAAUGAACCCUGCAACAUGGCUGGAUGCAGGAGCCCAGGUAUUCUACUCCUUUUCCCUGGCUUUUGGUGGUCUCAUCUCUUUCUCCAGUUACAACUCGGUGCACAACAACUGUGAAAUGGAUGCUGUUCUCAUCUCCAUCAUCAACGGCUGCACCUCCGUGUACUCAGCAACGGUCAUCUACUCCAUCAUUGGCUUCAGGGCCACACAGAAAUUCGACGACUGCACGGGACAGAAUAUCUUGAAGCUCAUGAAUGCCUUUAACUACCCUGAGAACAACAUCACAGAAAAUAACUACGACACAGUUCUGACUCAUCUAAAUAAUACAAACCCUGAUAUCAUCCAAGGAUUAAACUUACAGACCUGCGAUAUGCAGAAAUUCCUCAGUCAGGGUGUGGAAGGAACAGGACUGGCCUUCAUCGUGUUCACAGAAGCUAUCAUAAAGAUGCCAGUUUCUCCUCUUUGGGCCGUUCUUUUCUUCGUCAUGCUCUUCUGUCUUGGCCUCUCAACAAUGUUUGGAAGCAUUGAGGGCGUUAUAGCUCCUCUGCUGGACCUUAAACUGCUACCCAGAACUUGGCCCAAAGAAGUCAUCAGUGGUCUCACAUGCCUGGUAUCUUUGGCUCUUGGACUUAUAUUUGCCCUUCAAUCUGGGAACUACUGGUUGGCUCUGUUUGACAACUUUGCAGGCUCCAUUCCCCUUCUGGUUAUUGGAUUUUUUGAAAUGAUUGCAGUUGUCUACAUCUAUGGCAUGGAUAGGUUUAACAAGGACAUGGAGUUCAUGAUUGGCCAUAAACCCAACAUCUUCUGGCAAGCAACGUGGAGAGUGAUUAGCCCCGUCAUCAUGAUUUUCAUUCUGAUUUUUUACUUUGUUACACAAGUCACCAAGAAAUUCACCUAUUUGGUCUGGGAUGAGGAAGCGGAGAACUUUCCUACCCUUGCUGAGCGCCCAUACCCGUCAUGGAUCUCUGCCGUCAUCUUUAUCCUGGCUGGAAUUCCCAGUUUAGCUAUUCCCAUCUUUGCCCUUUAUAAGCUUAUACAGAGAAAAUGCUGCAAAAAGAAGGGUUACAACGAUGACAGCGUGGACACAAUAUCUGCCAAAAUUCAAAUGAGUGACAAAAUGAAGUUUUAGUUAAAUGUUCUUAUUUUGGAUGUUUAAUAUCAAUGAACUUUUAAAUUAUGUUUGACUUGGUGCUUUGUAAUGAUGCAUCAAUAUGCUGAUGACUGACUGUUAUUUUUGAAAGGCAAAGUUAAAGAUCUAUACAUACUCCACAAGAACAGAAAUUUUUUUUUCUCCCUUCCAGGGCAUCAAGAUAAAAAGAACAAAGUUCUUUUAGGAUGUGACACUUCGUACUUUAACAGAACUUUUGUACAAAACUAUCUUAAAAUUUCUUUGACACCACCCAUGAAAAAAGAACUACAAAAACAGGGCUGCAAGAUCACA